AACAUGGAUUAUUCUGAAUCUAUGCAGACGCAUCCAGGCUCAACAAACUUGAAAGAAAACAGUGAAAUAGGCAGUGUAGUUGACAAGAAUGAUUGUGACGAACUUGAAGCUUUGGUUAUGAGUCGUGCUCAAACAUCUACUUCUUUAUCUUCAGCUUGUAGUUACAGGUCAACAGAUGUAGAUAUAUCUGAGGAAAGAAUGAGGAGAAAGCUGAGGUUUUUCUUUAUGAAUCCUAUUGAAAAAUGGCAGGCAAAACAUAGAGUUCCAUAUAAAUUUGUAGUUCAAGUAAUAAAAAUUAUUCUAGUCACUGUGCAGUUAUGCUUAUUUGCUCAUAACCGCUACAAACAUGUCAACUACACAUGGGACAACCGUAUUGCAUUUUCCCACCUGUUUUUGAACGGGUGGGAUACAACUAGGGAAGUGAAUUCAUAUCCUCCCAGUGUUGGACCUCUAGCUGUGUAUAAGAUCAGUAAGUUCUACGAGACAUUGGAUUUUGCUGUCAUUGGGUAUGCAAAUCUUGGCAAUGCCAUUGGUCCAUAUUCCUAUACAGAGGAAGAUAAUUCUAUGCCAGCACCACUUCUUUGCUUGUACCAGUAUAAGGAGGGAACCAUCUUUGGUUUUAAUGAAAGUUACAUGUUUAAUAGUGAAAUUGAUGAACGAUGCUUGAAUCUAACAGUAGAACCCAACGUAACUGCAAAGAACUACUCUGCCAAAGAUUUCUUGAAAGAGCAUGGCAUUUUGAUAAACUUCUCUUCUUUAGUUAAAGCAGAAAUGACAUUUUCUUUAAAGACUGUCAACUUCAAGGCUGCUGGACCAAUAACUCCACCAGAUUGUUACAAAUUCAAUAUAAAGAUAUCUUUUGAUAAUGAGGACCAUGAUGGACAGAUGUUACUGUCACUAGACGCAGAUGCAGUGCGUCUCUACUGCAAAGGGGAUGUGGAGUAUGUUGUGGAUAAUCGAUUGGAUUCCAUACUUCUCAGCAUUCUCAACUCAUUGGUGAUUGUGAUCUGUAGCAUUUCCUUGAUUUUGUGUUGUCGAGCCAUUUACAGAGCACAACAGCUCAAGUUGGUAACUAUAAAUUUUUUCCAAAAGGCAUACAAGAAGGAUUUGAGUGCAGAAGGACAGUUGGAGUUCCUGAAUAUGUGGUAUAUAAUGAUCAUUAUUAAUGAUGUAUUAAUUAUACUGGGUUCUGGCAUCAAGGAACAAAUUGAGAGGAAACAGUUCGCUGGAGAUCAGUGGAACAUUUGUAGUGUUUUUCUGGGCACUGGCAAUCUUUUGGUAUGGUUUGGUGUGCUGAGAUACCUUGGCUUCUUUAAAACAUACAAUGUCGUUAUUUUGACAUUGAAGAAAGCAGCCCCUAAGGUUGCUAGGUUCCUCCUCUGUGCAUUAUUGAUCUACGCAGGGUUUACAUUCUGUGGGUGGCUUAUUCUUGGACCCUAUCAUAUGAAGUUCCGGUCACUGGCCAGCACUUCUGAGUGUUUGUUUGCUCUCAUCAAUGGGGAUGAUAUGUAUGCAACGUUCUCCAUCAUGUCCUUCAAAUCACCAAUGCUAUGGUGGUACAGUCGCAUAUACCUGUACUGUUUCAUCUCACUUUACAUCUAUGUAGUGAUCAGCUUAUUCAUUUCUGUCAUAAUGGAUGCCUAUGACACAAUCAAGCUGUACUAUAAAUGUGGUUUUCCCAAGAGUGAUCUUCAAGCAUUUGUGGCAGCCUGCACAGAUGAAGCUUCAAGUGGCAUAUAUAGAAAUGAAUCAUCCAGUUCUCUUGGAGAUAUGGUGGAUAAGCUCUGCUGCUGCAAAAAGACACCAUAUACUCUAUUCUCUGGCAGAUCUUCAAAUUUUGUUGGUGCUAUUUGUGUAUAAUGACAUGUAUUAAAAUUGAUCAAUGUCAUUCCGUAAACAUAAACUGUAUUUUAUGAAAUGCUAUUGCAGUAGUUUUCUGGUAGUCCCAGGUAUUUGUGCCAAAGAAGAGGAAGAUCUUUGUAUGCUCAACUUGUGUGUAUGUGUAUAUGUGUAAUUUUAUAGAGGAGCCAAGAGGUCUUCAGAAAAAGGAACUGGAUGAAUUCAAAUUUGCAGUUGUAACAUUGAUGUGACUGCAAAUCCUGCAUUUUCAGAAAGCUAAGAAAAAAAAGCCAUUGUUGUUGAAUUUGUGAUAAAUAAUGGAAGAGUAUCUGGAAAAAUCUGGCAAGUUGUGCACAGUGUAAACAUAAUUAAUUUUGUGGCUGUAUAUUUUAUAUUAUUUUUGUGAGUGCUGUGUUAAUACCUCUGAAUAAUGAAGUACUAUGUGAUUACUACAAUACUAUCUGCAGACAUGUAUCAGGUACCUGAUAUUUGAAGAUUCCCUUUAAGGUUUGGCCACCGAGCGCUACGCUAUGUUUGCUAUGUACACUGUGUACACUCUGCGACACAGCUAACAUAGGGAACAUAGCGUAUGUAGCAUACGGAAAUCUGUGUCGCCAGUCACAUUGGCAAUAAAGGGAGAAAUUUUUCUGUUCGUAUAGCGAACAUAGCAUACGUAGCGCUUGUGUGGCCGAACCUUUAUAGAGCUCUGCUGAUUCAGUAGCAUCAGCCAUAACUCAGGAUUAUUAUGCAUGCCUGUAACUUCUUGUUUUAUGUACUCAUAUGUUGGCCUUUAUUUGUUUUGGCUCUUUCAUAUGUUCAAGGACAGUAUUUACAUAUAAUUUACUGCAUACUGGGAAAGGAGAAGUAUGAAUAAAUGUUCCAAUAACAUGUUCUGCUACUGAAAUAUGUGAUAUGUAUGUGCUUAUGUACCAGAUCAUCUAUAUACAGUAACAUUAAUUGUGAUUUAAAGGAAAUGAAGCAAUUAAACUUACUUAAAGCACUGAAA